UCCCUCUCGGCUCACCGUAGAACAGGAAGCUGUUUCACAAGCAGCCGGUCGGCGUGACUUUGACAUCUACAGCAGCUCACAAUGCGGCUUCUGAGAGCAGCAUCAGCCUUAACUCAGCGACACCUGCACAAGAAGAGACAGGUGCUGGUCAGCUGUCGCUGCUGCUCGAAUGGCUUCACACCGAACGAGCGGAUCCGGAACAUCGGCAUCUCUGCGCACAUCGACUCCGGGAAGACCACGCUGACGGAGAGAGUGCUGUACUACACCGGGAGGAUCGCGGAGAUGCACGAGGUCAGAGGGAAGGAUGGAGUGGGAGCGAUCAUGGACUCGAUGGAGUUGGAGAGACAGAGAGGAAUCACUAUCCAGUCUGCUGCCACAUACACCAGGUGGAGAGAUCACAACAUCAACAUCAUCGACACGCCAGGUCACGUGGACUUCACCAUCGAGGUGGAGCGGUCUCUGCGUGUGCUGGACGGAGCGGUGCUGGUGCUGUGUGCCGUCGGAGGAGUGCAGUGUCAGACCAUGACCGUCAACCGGCAGAUGAAGCGCUACGGUGUACCCUUCCUCUCCUUCAUCAACAAACUGGACCGGCAGGGUGCCAACCCCAGCCGAGCACUGCAGCAGCUGAGGACUAAACUGAAUCAUAAUGCAGCGUUCAUCAACAUUCCCAUCGGACUGGAAGGAAAUCUGCGAGGGAUCAUUGAUCUGAUCGAGGAGCGCAGCGUCUUCUUCGAGGGCCCUUUCGGUCAGAGCAUUCGUUUCGACGAGAUCCCGUCAGAGAUGCGCGCCGAGGCAGCGGACCGCAGACAGGAGCUGGUGGAGUGUGUGGCUAACGCCGAUGAGACGCUGGGAGAGAUGUUUCUGGAGGAGAAAGUUCCCACAGUGGAUGAUAUCAAGGCUGCUGUGCGCAGGGCGACUAUCCAGCGGGUGUUCACCCCGGUCCUGGUGGGCAGUGCCCUGAAGAAUAAAGGAGUUCAGCCGCUGCUGGACGCUGCGCUGGAGUAUCUGCCCAAUCCCACCGAGGUCAAGAACUACGCCAUCCUGAACGAGGAGGCGUCUAGUGACGGCUCCAAGAUCCUGAUGGACCCCACGAGAGACGACACGCAUCCGUUCGUCGGCCUGGCCUUCAAGCUGGAGGCGGGGCGCUUCGGGCAGCUGACGUACGUGCGCGUGUAUCAGGGCUGUCUGAGGAAGACGGAGUACAUCCACAACACCCGCACGGGGAAGAGGGUGAGGGUGCAGAGACUGGUGCGGCUCCACGCUGAUCAGAUGGAGGACGUGGAGGAGGUGUAUGCUGGAGAUAUCUGCGCUCUGUUCGGCAUCGACUGUGCCAGUGGAGACACCUUCACGGCCCGCACCAAUGCCAACCUCUCCAUGGAAUCCAUUCACAUUCCUGAUCCUGUGAUCUCCAUGGCCAUAAGAGCCUCCAACAAGAACGACAUGGACAAGUUCUCCAAGGGAAUCAAUCGCUUCACCAGAGAAGACCCCACGUUUAGAGUCCACUUUGACACGGAGAGUAAGGAGACCAUCAUCUCGGGCAUGGGAGAGCUGCAUCUGGAGAUCUACUCGCAGAGGAUGGAGAGGGAAUACAACUGUCCCUGUGUGAUGGGCAAACCCAAAGUGGCCUUCAGAGAGACGGUGACCAGCGCUGUGCCGUUUGACUUCACUCAUAAGAAGCAGUCUGGAGGCUCGGGUCAGUACGGUAAGGUCAUUGGUGUCCUGGAGCCGCUGGACCCCGAGAAUUACACGAAGCUGGAGUUCAGUGACGAGACCGUCGGUACCAACAUCCCCAAACAGUUUGUGCCCGCUGUAGAGAAGGGCUUCAGGGAAGCGUGUGAGAAGGGUCCUCUGACGGGACACAAGAUAUCUGGAGUGCGUUUCAUCCUGGAGGACGGAGCUCAUCACAUGGUGGACUCUAACGAGAUCUCCUUCAUCCGGGCAGGAGAGGGCGCUGUAAAACAGGCCCUUGAGAAGUCCAGCGUGGUGAUUCUGGAGCCGGUCAUGUCUGUGGAGAUCGUGGCCCCGAAUGAGUUCCAGGGGGCCGUUAUUGCAGGGGUCAACCGUCGUCACGGGGUCAUCACGGGACAGGACGGGGCCGAGGGCUACUUCACACUCUACGCUGAUAUCCCGUUGAACGACAUGUUCGGAUACUCGACCGAGCUGCGCUCCUGCACCGAGGGUAAAGGCGAGUACACCAUGGAGUACAGCAGAUAUCAGCCCUGUCUGCCCUCCGUACAGGAAGAUCUGGUCAACAAACACCUGGAGGCCACGGGACAGCUGCCCGCCAAGAAGAGCAAGUGGAAGAACUGAAGCCCUG